UACACCUGUUUCAUACCACAUGAGAUAUGACUCUUAGCUCCUAGCUACACCUGUUUCAUACCACAUGAGAUAUGACUCUUAGCUCCUAGCUACACCUGUUUCAUACCACAUGAGAUAUGACUCUUAGCUCCUAGCUACACCUGUUUCAUACCACAUGAGAUAUGACUCUUAUCCUCUAAAUCAUUCAUUUAGAACCUGGAAGUCUAAUUUCCAGUUCACCUUUUCAUUUAAUUUAUGGGGGAACAAAAAACAGAAAGUCAAUAUACCAACAUCAAAUAUGUGUAUCGUGACAUAAUUCCCAGGGUUACAGUAUUGUACUAUGUCUCGGUGUGCUGACAUGUAUAACCGAAUAGGCCUAAUGUAAUGUGACAUCAUUGGUGCUUUUACAGCGCCCUCUGGUGGACAACCAAGGAAGUAUCUCGUCUUGAUGAAAUCAUAACCAAACAUUUUGUAUUUUUUUUAAAACUUUUUUUAGUCAAUUAUUCUGAAGAAGAAGAACGAUGUACACAUGGAGAAGUUACGGGAAGUGAACAGCGAACUGCAGAAGAAGUGUGCGUACAUUGAUGACUUGGAACCCAAGUACACAUCUAGCUCCCAGAAAGUGGAGGAGCUAGAGGAGGCACUGAAGAAGAAGGAUGAAGACAUGAAGCAGAUGGAGGACAGAUAUAAGAAGUACCUGGAGAAAGCCAAGAGUGUUAUCCGGACCCUGGACCCUAAACAGAACCAGGGCUCGGCACCAGAGGUCCAGGCCUUGAAGAACCAGCUGCAGGAGAAGGAGAGGAUGCUGCACUCUCUGGAGAAAGACUACGACAAGACCAAGGCUCAGAGAGACCAGGAGGAGAAACUCAUAGUAUCUGCCUGGUACAACAUGGGCAUGGCUCUACAGAAGAAGGCAGCAGAGGACCGUCUGGCCAGUACGGGCUCAGGACAGUCCUUCCUGGCCCGCCAGAGACAGGCUACCAGCACACGCCGCUCUUACCCUGGACACGUACAGCCUACCACCGCCAGGUAGACACGGCACCAUGACCCCUACCUGACCCUGAGCCCUGUCCUGACCCUCCAGGCCAGGUAGACACGGCACCAUGACCCCUACCUGACCCUGAGCCCUGUCCUGACCCUCCAGGCCAGGUAGACACGGCACCAUGACCCCUACCUGACCCUGAGCCCUGUCCCGACCCUCCAGGCCAGGUAUACACGGCACCAUGACCCCUACCUGACCCUUCACCCUGAGUUCUGACCCUCCAGGCCAGGUAGCCUCGGCAACAACUGACCCCUACCUGACCCUCCAGGCCAGGUAGACACGGCACCAUGACCCCUACCUGACCCUGAGCCCUGUCCUGAUCCUCCAGGCCAGGUAGCCUCGGCAACAACUGACCCCAGCCCCGGAACCCUCCAGUUAUCCACCAGACAGACAGACGCUACUCUGUAACGGGCAUCUGCUCUGCCAAGCAAUCCAGACACCUCAGGAUGGAUUGAACCUCUCCUGUACCGUUCUGCUGUUCUCUAUCCUCUUCAGUCCUUCAGUUCAGGAUGGAUGAGUUGGUCUACCUGGAUCUUUAACUGACAGUAUUAUUAUGCACAUUUCUCUAAAACAUGUUACCGUUCUGUUACCGUUCUGUUACCGUUCUGUUCCUGUUCUGUUACCGUUCUGUUACCGUUCUGUUACCGUUCUGUUACCGUUCUGUUACCGUUCUGUUCCUGUUCUGUUACCGUUCUGUUACCGUUCUGUUACCGUUCUGUUACCGUUCUGUCAGGAAUCCUCUAUCUAAUAACUGUUUUCAGAUUUCUCUAAAACAUGUUACUGUUCUGUUCCUGUUCUGUCAGGAAUCCUCUCUCUAAUAACAACUCAUUUCUUUUCUAACACAAUGUUGUGAGCAGAGAUGCAGUUUUCACAAAUUGGUAGCGGAUUGAUGUUUUUAAUUUUUUUAAUUUAAUGGUUCUAAAAUCGGAGGAUAUUUUAGUAUCUUGAUCUGAUGUUUACAGAACGUGAUGUAAUGCCGUGCAGUCAGUGACUGUCAGGAUAUGUAUAGUACCAGAGGAGGGAUAUGUAUAGUACCAGAGGAGGGAUAUGUAUAGUACCAGAGGAGGGAUAUGUAUAGUACCAGAGGAGGGAUUUGGUCUCUGAGUUGGUCUCUUUAGGUGUCCUUUUAUGUGUGUUCAGUAAACGCUGUUCGUUCCGUUUGGCCAUGUUAGACGGUCUUGUUGUUGCCUGUAGUGGGAGAUUUGAAAGGUUAGUUGUAUAGGGAGUCCUUGAGCCUGUUGGCAGUGUAUUUAGCUGUAGAAGAUAUUCCACAAGUGUCCCCGGGUGUUUUAGACAAGGCCUUUCUUCAUCGUCAUCAUCAUCAUCAGAAAUGUUAACAGUAGAAAGCUUCCUAUUUCUAAUGGACUUGUUUCUAAAAAUCAAACCAUUUUUUAAUAGGCUGAAUUAUGAAUGAUCCUGAAAUGAGGCCCUCUUCCCCUCUGUCGUCCGCUCAUAUCAGCCAGCGGGUCAUUAUUGAUUAUUGGAACCGCCAAUUUACCGAUCAAGAAUCUCUCUCCCGCGUCCUCCUGCGUCUCCCGCGUUGUUUCAGGAAAUUCCACAAACACUCCUUCCCUCUUUUGUCCUGUGACCACGUGAGGAACAGUUCUGCUGUGAGAACGAAACGCUCCUUCUCUCUUUUGUCCUGUGACCACGUGAGAACAGUUCUGCUGUGAGAACGAAACGCUCCUUCGUUCAUAUUUCAGUGUGUCGUGUACCAGCUGCUCUCUAAACGGUAGUGUCCAUGUUUUAGGCAGUGGACUUAAAGUCAGUGGUCAUAUCUGACUGUAACAGAUGGAAAAUGGUCAUUUUGAAAGUGUCGAAAAAAGGGGUUUCUGAAAUACAAAACGUAAAACUCGUAAAAGAACCACUGCUGCCACGAGGACGUGGAUUAUAACAUGUGAAAUUGAUCUUCGGGGUUUAACGUGGGGCAGUUUGACUGUCUAACUCCGAGCGAACCUAAUUAACGUACUGUACUCCCUCCGUGGUGUCUGUCCAAUGAAAAUGAGCAGUAGAUUGCCAGCGGGUUGGACUGUGUUCUACCGGUGUGUAGAACGCAGACAGACUUCAUACUAAGGAACGUUAUUUUGAUUUAAUUUUCAUACAAUCUGAAUAUCAGCCACUGAUGUCAUUGUAAAAAAAAAAAAAAGGGGGUUUUGGGGGCGAAGGGUGUGUAUCGUGUUUUAACGUGUGAUAUAAAAGAGACCGUUGUUGACGUGCUCUGACAACUCUCCUCGUGGUUUUGUCUUGAACUUUUAGCUUUUGGACGUGGAAAUGUUUCGUUAGCAUUUUUAAAACCAAGAUUUGUAACAAAUUUAAAUAAAAUUUUAAAAAAAUUAAAAAAGGAAAAUUGAUGUUAAAAAAAAGGGGUCAGAAUGUCUCUUACCAUCACAACAUGGUGUCAGGACUCUGUACAGUCGUCUCUUCCCAUCAUGACAUGGUGUCAGGACUCUGUACAGUCGUCUCUUACCAUCACAACAUGGUGUCAGGACUCUGUACAGUCGUCUCUUCCCAUCAUGACAUGGUGUCAGGUCUCUGUACAGUCGUCUCUUACCAUCAUAACAUGGUGUCAGGACUCUGUACAGUCGUCUCUUCCCAUCAUGACAUGGUGUCUCUUACCAUCAUAACAUGGUGUCAGGACUCUGUACAGUCGUCUCUUACCAUCAUGACAUGGUGUCAGGUCUCUGUACAGUCGUCUCUUACCAUCACAACAUGGUGUCAGGUCUCUGUACAGUCGUCUCUUCC